AUGACUGUCCCUGCACAACACAAGCAGUGCUGGCAGGAGUGCUGCCCAGGACCCUCCUUGCUGAGACAGGUUCCUGGAGGAGAGGGAGCAGCUUCUGGGCAAGAAAGAUCUGCUAUGGGGCUGCUCUGGGAUAGUGCAGUUUGUGCUCCUGAGCAGUGCCUGGGGCACAACACAGCCUGUUUCACACAUUUCUCUCCAUAUCACUAUGAGGCACAGCAACAGUCCAGUCCUAAACCAUGGUCAGAAUUGCAGCCCAAUGCUCUUGCAGAGGGAGGGAGCAAGGGAGAGCAUGGCAUGUCAGUUAAACUGAACAAUUCUAGUGUUAAAAUUCAUAUCAGCACUAAAGCAGCACAACUUCUUUUCCUGAUGUGGAAAGAGGACCUCUCUGGCUUCAGUCUGGAAGAAGUUCCCAUGUCCUCACUUGGUGAAUGCCUCUUGAGCUUGUCUGGUAUAAGCCAGAAAAUUGCUUCUCUUGAGAAUGUUUUGCUCUGUGAAGGCUACAUCUACAUGUGUACCAGCUUCUCAGCUAAAGUGAAAGAGUAUUUGACAAAUACAAUCUCACACCUUCAAGCAGCAGGAAAUAAAUUUUAUGCUGCAAGCUGCAGACAAGAUGGUGAUUCUCAGAACCAGACUGGUGAAAAUGCUUCUGGAGAAAGAGAUGUGCAUUGUUUGGAAGGAGAAGCAACAGACUCUGUGCAAGCAUCUUCCAGUUCCAGACAGCAAUUCCAAAGAAAGCCUUUUCUGAACAAGACAGAAAGUCAAAAUGUCAAUCAAACCCACACAAGUGAAAUUAAAACUGUGGGGACAAUUGUAUCCUUAGCUGAAAACAAAUCUGCUCAAGAACAAGACACCAGCAGAGAGUCUCCAAUGAAAAAGGAAGAUGGUGAACACCAACUAGUGAUUUUCUGUUUUACAGAGAAAAAAGAGUGCAGUGGAAAACUUCAUGGAGGUAGCUCUGUUACUGAAAAGCCUCCAGACCUGGCUUUUCAGGAUGCUCUCACAAGCAAUGAGGAAGACAUUCUGUCUGGGACAUUGAAGGACAUUCAUGACAGAAGCACCAUGAAUUCUUUUCAACAGAAGAAAAAGGAAGUAUGAAGACCACAAAUGGAAGACAGUGAAAUAAAUUUUAAAAAAGAGAUUUUUAGAAAUUACCUAAGUACCUUCACAUCUUCAGCACAAACUUAUGAUCUUCCUGAUGUGAAUCCUUCUGUGAGUGAUUCAGAAGAAGUACAAAAAUCUAGAUAUUGGAUGAACAAAGAAUUUCUAGUCAAAGUGAGUGGGGAAAAACCAUAGGAAAUAGUUUGUUUUAUUAAAGCCCCUGCAACUGUUCUGGAGAAUCUGAAGUGUAAUACACUCAAUGACACUAGUUCCUUGGUGGUGGAUGAUUCUGAGGAGCUGGUCAGCAAUGUCACCAGUAUGGAAUGUUAUGAUUAUGAAAAACCGCUUUUCCCUAUCAACAUUGCAAUCCCAUUUACAUCAUGCUUCAGAGGAAAUUAUCAGGAGAUUAGGGUAAAGGUAACUGAUGCCAACUUCCAGUCAAACUACUUAACUCCUAUUUCUUUGCAAGGAUCCCAAGGAAACCAUAAGGAAAGCUUUGCAGAAGUAAAAAUUUAUCAUCUGGGGGUUUUUUCUUUGUUGUCAUGCUUAAAGAAGGAAACAUUUACUGUUCCAAAGGCAGGACUCUUACAAAAGCUGAACGUGGAUUCUCAAAUCUCUUUCUCUUACCAUUCAGAAACAUUCAGUUCUCUGGCACCUAGGCAGAUAAAGAUUCAGCCAAUUGAGCCAUCAAUUUCAGCAUUGAAAGCAAGACAUUAUAUGUAUCACUCAGUGAUAUCUAUGAGUGCGCUGGUUCAUGUCCAGCAUCCUUCAUCCCAACCUUUUAACAGCUCAGUCACUAUUACUCUACCCUGUCCUCCCAACCCAGACAAAAAAAGGCAAGGAGUUGAGACAGAAGAUGCAAGAGCCAUUAGUGCUACAGUAAAGAGGGUUGCUGCAGCAUACCAUCCUCAGGCUGUGAGCACUUCUGUGAGAAAAAGUGGGGACAAUCUCAGUGAUACUUUGAAAUUAUUAGGUCAUAGAAAUGAAGAGGGGUGGAAGGUGUUUGAUGAUGUUAUUAUCUAGAAUGCACAGAAUGGGCUUGUAUCUUUUGAACUAAAUGAGCAUUUAUAAAGCUUUGUGGUCAUUUGCCUUGCAUUCCUUUUGGAAAACAGGUAUCUUCUCCUCUUUGCUCAGGCUCUGGGAGAAGCUCUCUGUAGCACGACGGCUAAUGUGAUACUGUAUCAGAAAAGAGAAAACCCACAUAAAAUAGUAGUUUUGCUGUCUGCAUCCAGAGAAUUAACCAAUGAACUUCAAAAGCUCUAUGAGGAAGGUUAUAUUGGUCCCCCAGAACCUACACAGCACUUCCCAUUAAGACAAGGAGAGCAGACUCAUUUUAGAUUUGGAGGAAAUAUUUCUGCUUCAGAAAAUGUACGAACUGAACGAGCUCCUGAGCAAUGUGCUCCAGGUGACCCUCCUUUGAGCAGGAGAGUUGGACCAGAUGAUCUCUUAAACCCUUGUGAAUUCUGUGAAACCUGGUUCCUCAGAAACACAUGCAGGGAAUGGAGAAGCUUCAGGAAAGCCUACAGACUGAUUUUUCAUUCACAAAGAUAACCAAGGCUGGAGCUCCAAAUUAAAGAAGGGGAUGAAUUUGGUAACCACAGUUCAUCUCAUUACAAAGGAACAGCGGUGUUUUAUAAAAUUACCAGAGAGAUGAUACCAAAGAAAUGGGAACAAACCUUACCAUAUGAUGAAUAUCAACACCAGUCUCCACUGUGCAAAUUAGCAUUAACACUGCCAAAGCAUGAAAAAUUGAUCCACUGUCCACAAAGAACAAAAAGAUUUUUUUCUGAUUCAUCAGAGGCCCUAUGGGACAAGUUGCUGUUCUGCCUUGCGCAAGAGCUUGCAGAAGAUAAUAUAUCAUUGUUUGCUUUAUGUUUACCUGUUCGACGGAGCAUGUUUCAGCUUGUUAGGCUGAAGGGCCCUGAUAAUUUAACACACCAGAUGUAUGAGCUGCUUUGCUGCUGCAAAAAGACCCUUGCAAAGUCAGCUGAUAAACAGCAGAUCUUGUCUCAGUAUUUGCAGAAGAGUGGCAGAAGUGAUCUUUCAGAAGAACUUCAUUUAAAGUGGCAAAAUAAGGUGUUCACCUGA